AUGGGUCUUUGUACGAGUAAGUGUAACGUUGAGGAUAAGAUGUGCCGCUAUGCUCCAGCCGCUAAAAGACUUGUAGAUGAUUUCUUUGCGCAGGAUAACGAAUUUUUGGGUGAUGCAGGGGCAUUUUUUGCAUGCAUGUGGGGAGCUUCACGUGAUAUCCUACUUUGCAGUGGGGAUGAAGCAACUGCGUUCCUUCGUCGCGCGUGUUUUUCAAAUCCAAAAUCAGAAGAGGCACUAAAUUUGUAUCUUUCUUCGAGUAAUUUUGGUCGCGCUUUGUGGGAUUUGAAUCGUGCAAAAUUUAUGAUGAUAUGGAUGAAGUACGACGCUGAUAACAGUGGGGAUAUUAGUCUCCGUGAGUUGGGCAAACUUGUAAAGGGGUUGAAUUUUCCUGCCGAUCUUUCCAAGCAACUUAUAGCUGCGGUAAAGGCUGCCGGUGGAAUUGUAAAUUACGCCUUUUUGGAGAAGGAAUAUUUUUUGCUCACGAGACUGAAAGAGCUUGAAUACGUUUUUACAGGUGUUGCCGGCCCAGUUAGGGAGACUAUAACAAGAGAUGAGUUUAAGUCUUUUCUUAGGAAUUAUCAGGGGGAGGAAUUGAAUGGGGAGCGCGUAAAGGAGAUUUUGGAUUAUGUAUGUUGUAUGAAAACCGGCGAAGUCUAUUUCACCAAUUUUCUUAAAUUUUUGGAGGAUAAUCGUUUCUGUAGCAUUGUGGAUGAAGAAAAAGUCAGCAAGGUAUACCAAGAUAUGAAUCAGCCAAUUUGUAAUUAUUUUAUCAAUUCCUCUCACAAUACUUACUUGACCGGCGAUCAAUUGACCAGCAAUUCAUCGGCAGACAUGUAUCGAAAGGCUCUUUUGGAUGGAUGUCGUUGUGUGGAGUUGGAUUGCUGGGAUGGCUUUGCCGGUGAGCCGAUUGUUUACCAUGGUCACACACGGACAUCGAAGAUAUCAUUUCUUUCCUGCAUCAAAGUGAUCAAGGAGUAUGCCUUUAAGGCUUCUGAGUAUCCAGUUAUUUUAUCCAUUGAGGUUCAUACAAGUUCCGCUCAAGCCGAUCGAAUGGCAGAGAUUAUGUGUGAUACAUUUGGGGAUAUGCUUUUUCAAAGUCCGUGGGCUCCAGCUGAGCCCACGACAUUUUUGUUUUCCCCAGAGAAUCUUAAGAGAAAAAUUCUUGUGAAGAGCAAACGAGUUGCGACAUCGUCGGCCAUCUCUGACGCGGAGAUAACGGAAAAUGAAGAAGAGGAGGAAAAUGAUGAGGAAGAGGAGACAGAGGGAGAGGAGAAGGAAUUGACAACGUCGGGGCCAAAUCCAUUGUACAGACAGUUUAAAGAGGAGAAAAAGAAGGAGAAGAAAAAAAAGAUAAAGGUUGCUUUGGAAAAAUUAUCACGCGUUGUUUCCAUUGAGUCGGCCGGAUUUAAAGGCACUUCUGAUACGUCAUAUCUAGAAAAAAGACAACCGUACCAGUGUACUUCCUUUGUUGAAUCCAAAGCGAAAAAAAUUGCCGUGUCCAAUGCGAUGGAAUUUAAAUUAAUUAACCAACACUGCCUUAGUCGCAUAUACCCUGCAGGAUCCCGUGUUGGCAGCAGCAAUUACAAUCCCCAAUUGUUUUGGAAUUGCGGCUGUCAAAUCGUGGCACUCAAUUGGCAAUCGACCCACACAUAUGCAUGGAGGCUUAACAAGGGAUUUUUCUCUGACAAUGGAAAUUGCGGUUAUGUUUUGAAGCCUGAGAGCGUGCGAUCAAGUGCUGCUUCGCGCAACGGCUCCCAGGUGCGAUCACUGAAUUUGGAGAUUAUUUCUGGAUUUUGUCUCCCCAAGCCGAAACGUUCCAACAAGGGCGAAAUUGUGGACCCUUUCAUUACGUGUUUUAUUGAGGGCCCAGACGGUAAUAGUGACCGAAAGACAUCGGGAACAAUUCGCAACAAUGGGUUCCACCCGGUAUGGCGGGGCAAGGGCUUGGGCAGUGAGUUCUCGUGGGAUGUGAAGGACUGGGAUCUUUCAACACUUGUUGUGCAAGUUUAUGACGAAGACAAAAAAACUCGCGACGACUUUCUAGCAGAGUGCAUUUUACCGUUGCGUGUGUUAAAAGCUGGUAUUCGACAAAUUCCAUUGCAUGAUAUCAACGGGAAUUCCAUCUUUGGUUCAUUUCUCACAUGCUCCCUUACUUUUUCUUGA